GUGUAUGUUUACAUUAAAAUUGAAUUUAUAUAUUUUGAAGAUAAAAUACUUUAGGAUUGAUACUUCGACCUAAUGAAAAUUACUUUAUUCGAGUCCAACUAGGUUAGGAAGCAUGAGUCUGUCAUCCAUAUUUCUAUUCUAAUUAUACUGUCGCAUGUAAAUAUGCACGGUCGUACGUCUUUAAAUGUAAAUAUGUACAUGUACGGAAUUGGAUGAAAAAGUUACUUAUAAUUUGUUAACUAGCCUAUAUAAAUUUACUUAUGCGUAAAACAAGGUUAAAGUCACGCUCCAUAUGAGAAAAUAUGACAAGGAAACAAUAGAAAUAUUAAAAUGGGCAAGAUAUUUUGUUACAUAAAUAGCCAUAUUCUCGAUAGUUAUAUUGGAAAUAGAAUAAAUUUAUCGUAUAAAUUUAAGUAGAAAAUUUGGUUUCUAAGAACAUUUCUAAUUUAUGAAAGCUUUGUGAAUUACAAAUUUGCGUAAACCAGCAACUUUUCGUAUUCCUUUAUGCCAUACUGCCAUCUAUUAAAUGUAAUACAUAGCCUGUAUAGCAAACGUGGAAGUUUGUUUUGCAAAGGGAUCGAUGGGAAUGUUGUACCGUAUAUAAUAUCCCAAUUUUGUUAUAAAUAUGGAAUAUAUAUACCGUUUACCAUUUUUAGCAUUAGAAGUACCGAACUUAAAAUUAAAAAAACCAUCAUGGUUUGUGAAACCUAGUUCUAUGGUAGUUUUCUCGCUUAUACUUUUGUCAUAUUUUCUAGUAACCGGAGGUAUAAUAUAUGACGUAAUUGUGGAACCACCUAGUGUAGGAUCAACAACAGAUGAACACGGUCAUACAAGACCUGUGGCAUUCAUGCCAUACCGUGUAAAUGGGCAAUAUAUUAUGGAAGGACUGGCAUCUAGUUUCCUCUUUACUUCAGGUGGAAUUGGCUUUAUACUAUUAGACCAAACGCAUAGUCCAUCAACGCCUAAACUCAAUAGAGUUCUUUUAAUAUGUGUUGGAUUUAUUAGUGUUAUUGUAUCGUUUAUUACCUGUUGGAUUUUCAUGAGGAUGAAGCUACCGGGAUAUCUGCAAUCAUAAAUUCAGCGAGAUUAAGAAUGAUGUGAAUUAGAGAUCAAUAUUUUUUACACAUUAAAACUGUCACAUUUUGUAUUAAAUAUAUUUAAUAUGUACUUUACAAAUAAUAUUAAAAAAAUAUUUAAAAA